AUGCAGACCAAAGCCUCCUCGAGUUCGGCCAAUAUCUCAAAUCCAAUCAAUGCCUAUCCACCACCAUUGUACGGACAAGGUGGUAGUGCAUCAUCUGAAUCCAAGUCCUCGAGAAGCACGACCUCAGGCGUCAGUCCGUUCCCACCACUGUCGCCUUAUGCUGCCUUGAAGCUGUAUGCACCUUACUUGAGCAUGUAUGAGCGUGCUGAAAUCAGCGACUAUCCACAGGUCUACUACGUGGGCCAAAAUUGCCGACACAAGAAGCCGGCCAGCAUGGAGGCCAGCAACAGCAAUUUCGGUUACGAUGAUGAGCGCGGAGAUUACCUGAUUGUGAACCAUGACCAUCUUAUGUAUCGUUAUGAGGUCCUGGACAUGUUGGGCAAAGGAUCCUUUGGGCAGGUCGCCAAAUGCUACGACCACAAGACGGGCGAAUAUGUCGCUAUUAAGAUCAUCAGAAACAAGAAGCGUUUCCAUUGCCAGGCAGUUGUUGAGAUCAAAAUCCUUGACAAUCUAAACAAAUGGGAUCCCGAGGCCAAACAUAAUUUGAUCCGCAUGACCGACAACUUUUACUUUCGCAACCAUCUCUGCAUCGCAAGUGAACUGCUUUCUAUCAAUCUUUACGAAUUUAUCAAGAGCAACUCUUUCCAAGGGUUCAGUCUUGGACUCAUUAAGAGAUUUUGUACGCAAUUGCUGCAGUCAUUGGAUUUGCUCACCAAGCACAGCGUCGUGCACUGCGAUCUCAAACCUGAGAACGUGCUGCUGAAGCAUCCUACAAAGUCCAGUAUCAAGGUCAUUGAUUUUGGAAGCAGUUGUCUCGAAAACGAAAAGGUUUACACCUAUAUCCAGUCGCGCUUCUACCGUUCACCCGAGGUCAUUUUGGGCAUGUCGUACAACAUGGCGAUCGACAUGUGGUCCUUGGGAUGUAUUCUCGCAGAGCUGUACACAGGAUACCCUCUUUUCCCUGGCGAGAAUGAGCAGGAACAACUUGCUUGCAUCAUGGAAAUCCAGGGAGUUCCAGAUCGAUACCUCAUUGAGCGGGGCACUCGCAAGAAGGUGUUUUUUGAUCCUCUUGGAAACCCGAAAUUGGUCGUUAAUUCAAAGGGCAAGAAGCGCAGGCCGGGCUCAAAGACCUUGGGGCAGGCCCUCAAGUGCAGUGACCCGUUGUUCCUUGACUUUAUCUCCCGGUGCCUUAUCUGGGACCCUGAGAAGCGCAUGAAGCCGCGGGAGGGACUGCAGCAUGAGUGGAUCUCGGACAUCCGCACUCCUGUACGCUCUCUUUUCAGUCCGCCUCCUGCCUCUGAUACCACUCUGAAUAGCAGCAUCAGUAGCAACGGUUCAUUGUCUUCUCGGCGCCGUAGCUCGAUGUAA